AAGCGGUGCCUUGGAAGACCACGGCGGAGGCUGAGUUCGUCUCAAUGGAAAAGCACGGGGCGGGACCACCACCGCGGCCGCCCUCAUGCUGCAUACAAAUACCAUACGAAAAAUAAAACUUCGUUGAAAUUACAUUUAAGCAACGAUGCCUCUUGUCCUGAUGUCCCGUCUCCGUGCUGUCGUGUGCUCUCCUUAGAAGUGCUUGCUCUUCUCGUAGGACGUCGAUUGUCGACGCUUGAUCCAACGACAGACUGACGAGGUGGUUUGAGUGAGCGUUCUUUCAACUCAUGGCUUCUAUUGUUUGAUCGACGCAAAAAUAACCGCAUUCGUACGCACCAACGCCUCCAUCGAGUGGUCCACCUACGAACUAGUACCACCCGGGACGACUACGACAAUGACCAACAUGUCGUUACCAGCAUCCUGUUGUGGAGGAGGUCGUGUAGCUGGAUUAACGACCUCGACCUCCAUUGCUCGUGCUCCCCGCCCAACCCUCGGUCAAGCUGUAAGAACUUCUUCGAAUGUUCUUCUUGCAGCCCCACCACGACGUGUUGACCUGUCGCAGCUCCGAGGAACCUCCUCAACAAGCGCGGGGGCCCGGCCCCUUUUAGUCGGGUCAACAAGAGCGGCGUCCUCCUCGACUUCGUAUGUGGUCCUCGCACAGGUAGCAGUAGCAGUUCUGACGAGAAGAUUCUCGACCGGGGGCCGCUUGGAGGCCUCAAGUACUACAAGGAGAUCAUCUAGUACUUCGCGGAGUGCUGGUGGACGACCAAUUUUUACUUGCACAAGCUCGUCGUUGGGCUCCUCUUCUUCAGUGAUCCGCCUGCAAAGCAACAGAAGCGGCCAGCAGGGCAACUACUUCUACUACCAGCAAACUUCUACUAGUCCCGCUCCCGCCCGCUGUUCUUGCGUAGUACUCGUAGACAGAAAUGACCAACCAACCUCCAUCCAGCCCCACCAGCACCUGCUUUCGCAGACCCGCACGUUCGCGAACUGCUACUCCAUUCUGAAGCGUAAUCGGAUCCCCUUCACCGACUUUGAGACCGGGUACCCGAAGCUCGCCUGCCCGCUGCCCCAGCAGCAAGUCUUCACGCCCUUCACGUUCGCAAAACAGCGUAUGCAUCGCAAAAGUAUCGUACUUGUAUAAAUCGCAUGACAAAUUAGUUGAGCAUCAGAAACAGAAUUUGUCAUGCUGAUUUGCCUUGGGAUGGAAAUUUGUAAUGCAUGAAUGCGAUUACUAUGAAUACGAUACUUCUGCACAGGAUACAGCGCAAGCUCCUGCAACUGCUCGAGGAGUACCCGCAAGACACGUUUCGGUAUCCCACAGAAAAAAGCAAGCAGGGCAUUUUUGCAAUGCAAAAAGAAACACACAGAAAAAUCUGUGUUGCGCAUCCUAAACAGCAUGCUAUGGGGCCGCCCAUGACAGAUUUUUCCGGUAUAUUUAUUUUUGCAUUACAAAUAUGACCUGCCUGCUUUUUUCUGUGGGAUAUUCGGGGUCGGGUGGUGAAGCAGUUGUCGGUCCCGCACAUCAACCACGCGGGCCGGAACGUGACCGGGCAAGUGGUGGUGCGGCACCAGGGCGCGGAGUGUGCGUACCGCCUGCGCAUCGUGGACUUCAAACGCGGCCGCAAGGACGUGCCCGCGACCUGUCUCCGCAUCGAGUACUGCCCGGGCCGGAGCGCGCACAUUGCGCUCAUCCAGUACGACGACGGGGUGUUGUCUUACAUUUUGGCGCCGCACGCACUGUAUGCAUUGCAAAAGUAUCGCACUCGUAUAAAUGCAUUACAAAUUUCCUCAGCAUGAGAAAUAAAAUUUGUACUGCGGAUUUGCCUUCACAAAAAGAUUUGUAAUGCAUGACUGCAAUACGAGUGCGAUACUUUUGCACAGGACACGCUGCGCCCCGGCGACCAGGUGGUGGCCUCCGAAAACGCGAACAUUUUGCCCGGUAACGCCUUGCCACUCGGGAAAAUACCGGUGUCCUCGAUCGUGCACAACGUGGAAAUUGAGCCGGGGCGCGGAGUAUCAAAUGCAAACAUGUCUGGGAGGUCUGGAAACUUGUAAUGCUGGGUUGUGAAUAGUGAAUGCUCUGUAAUUAUGUGCAGCCAAGCAUGAGAAAUAUUUGCGCGGCUUAGUAUUGCGCUUAAUACCGCGUGACAAGCUCCUGCGUGUUUGCAUGACAAGAAAAUAAAAAAGGGUCUCUUCUUGGACACGCAUCACAAACUCGUCAGUCAUGCCACGCAAGCAUGACAAACCUUGCAUCCUUCCAGACCCAGACAUAUUUGCAUUCCAUACGGAGGCCAGGUGGCCCGAGCGGCGGGGGCGUUCGCCAUCCUGCUUGACCGUUGCCCCAGAUACACGACACUGAAGCUGAACAGCACGGAAAUCCGGAAGUUUCACAACGAGUGCUACGCGACCAUCGGCCAAGUGUCGAACAUCAUGCACGAUCACAGGUAUUUUAUCAGUUCUUCUUCAAAUUUGUCAUGCGCAGACGACAGUCCUAGUGAUGAAAUAGAUAAGAACCUAAAUAAUAAAGUCUUCAUUUGAAUGUGCAAUUCAAAGAAUGAAAGAUUAUCCACAGCACAUGAGUACAACUAAAAAGCCGAGUGCACUGCGUCUUCUAUCAGGUUUAAAGGCAAGGCCGGCGUGAACCGGCGGCUGGGUAUUCGGCCCAGCGUCCGGGGGAACGCGAUGGAGGCCUCGUUCCACCCACACGGGGGCGGGUCGCAGGCGAAAUCCGAGAAGAAGGUGCCCUGUACCCGGUGGGGGGUGUACGCGAACGGCCUGAAAACCCGGUCGCCCAAGCAGCCCCUGGGGUUGAUCGUGCAGCGGAGGAUGUGCAACCGCAUGCAGCGACGGUACGGCAUGCGCACGCGGACGCGGUACAUGCACAAGUUCACCAAGAUCAAGAUCCGCGCGAACCGGAAACGGCGUACCAGAGUGAAUGUGUAGAUGUAGAAAGAUGACUCGUCCGCAGAGGUGAUGUCGCGUUCCCCUUGUUCGCGGCCUUUCUGAUAAUUUCUCUCACGAACAGAAAUAUCAAAGCAGUUUGCAAUCCUCGGACUUGAGCUUGACGUUGACGCGGCUUCUAUUUAUUCAUUGCGU